UAUCAAUUAAAAUAAUUACUAUUACAUUUUUUUUUUUUAAUUAUAUGUUGAAAGCCAAUCUCAUCCUAUUGCGAUAAGAAGCUCACAAGUCAUACCUCACUCUUCUACCUUUCAAAUUCUGAGUUCGACGCCGCUCAUUUUUUUUGUUUUGGAUGGAUAGUGUGUGUCUCAAUCCUCAGUUCAGCAGAACUGCACUAUUGCAUGGUAAAGGGAUGACAAAUCCGAAGUUUGAUGUUCUAAAAUGUGGCACGUGGCAAUGCCUCGGCUCACUCAAUUCUUUGAAGGUUGGUCAACUGAACACCAAACUUCCAUUGCGCAAAUCCACUCGUGUCCAAUCACUGGUCAUCAAAUGCGAUCACCCUCAAAAUGCAGAUUUUCCUCGUUAUUACUCUAAAAGGGAGAAAAAACCAUUUCCCAUACCAAUUGUCGAGUUACGCCGAGCUGCCCGAGAGAGGCUGAAAAAUAGAAAGAACCAACCAAGAAGGCCCGUGCCUCCUCCCAAACAAGGCCUGGUGGUUGGAAGACUAAUUCCUGUUGCGUACAGAGUGCUGAAUGCAAGAAUCACACUUAUCAACAAUCUCAAAAAGCUCCUGAAAGUGAUGCCUGUAAAAGCGUGCAAGUGGUGCAAUGAAGUCCACGUGGGCUCGUUCGGGCACCCUUUCAAAUCGUGCAAGGGCUCACAAGCUUCGAUCCGCAAAGGAUCACACGAGUGGUGCGAAGCAGUUAUCGAGGAUUUGCUAGUUCCAGUCGAGGCUUUCCACCUGUACGACCGUCUCGGAAAUCGCAUCACUCACGGCGAGAGAUUCUCCAUCCCGAGAAUCCCGGCAAUUAUCGAGCUAUGCAUUCAGGCAGGAGUCGACCUGCCCGAGUACCCGACCAAGAGAAGAAGAAAACCGAUCAUACGCAUUGGAAAAAAGGAGUUCGUCGACGCUGACGAGAGCGAGCUCCCCGACCCGGACCCGGAAGCCCCGAAGCCCGAAAUACUCGUCGAAAUACCAGAUUUGGAAAUUUUCUCGCCAGCUGGCGUGGAAGAAACUGCAUUGCUUGCCGAGGAAACACUCAAAGCGUGGGAAGAAAUGAGAGAAGGGGCCAAAAGGCUGAUGAAGAUGUAUCCGGUUCGGGCCUGCGGGUACUGCCCGGAAAUUCACGUGGGCCCAACUGGGCACAAGGCCCAGAACUGCGGGGCCCACAAGCACCAGCAGCGUAAUGGGCAGCACGGGUGGCAAACUGCGGUUCUCGACGACUUGAUUCCGCCGAAGUACGUGUGGCAUGUGCCGGAUGUUGAUAAGCCUUUGGAAAGGGAGCUGAAGAAUUUUUACGGGCAGGCCCCUGCAGUUGUCGAAUUGUGCGUGCAGGCUGGGGCUCGUGUGCCCGGGAACUACAAGCCGACUAUGAGGUUGGAUGUGGGAAUUCCUACGGAUGUUAGGGAAGCUGAAAUGGCCGUUUGAGUAUUCUAAUAGCAGGUACUUUGCCUGUCGAUUAAUUUAUGGUAUUUAUUGAUAAAUAAUGAAAUACAAAGUCAUAGUUUUUAUAUUUGAAAAAGUCUGUUUUUUGAAAAAGUUGUAUUAUUGCGUUUGUUUGGAGAUCGUAUUAUUGCCGGUUGUGGCUGAAAUGAUUUUAGCAGCACUUGAUAAUCUAUGCUUCUGGCUGACGGUGUUUUGAGAAUGUCUGGCUUGUAAGAUAAAGCUCUAUGUCUGCACUUACAAGAUCAAGAGAAUCUUGGUACUGGGAAAGACAUUUGUCAAGAAACGAGCCUGAAGCUUUGCAGUUAUCCAGGUUCGUGUGUAUAAGCUGGCGUUUAACACUCUGUUGCCAUUGGGAGUAGGGAGUUUAAGAAUGUUGUAAAUUGUAAGUUUGAACUGACUAAAGUAGAUUAAUAUCAAUACUCUUUAAAUGUAAUUAUAAUGUUUUAUACAUCUUAGAUAUACUAUGGCUAUAUCUUCACGUUGUUUCUUCUCUGUGUCUGCAUCCAAUUUUAAUCUUAUGUCGUUCUCCUUAUGCUAUUUGGCUCAAAUGCUAUUGAGUGGUGUCCAAGAUGUUAUCUUGCUUGAAAAUUUUGAAAUAAUGUUAAUAGAACAGGGGGUAAAGGACUAGAAAUGGAGUUAACUUUCACAAUAACACAAUGAUUUAAGCAUAAAACAAUCAGGAAAUAUAGAUUGGGUAACAGUAAUAGGAAACUACAAACUUAAAAACAGUGAAGUAUGAACUUGUAGGAUACAAUACAUCAUGAAUACACACUAAAAAAGGUUGAACAAUGACAAACUGCAUGAGUUGAUCAUUCAAGUACAUGGUAUGAUGGAAAUCAUCUCUAGCUCUGUUUAAUACUUUCGCUCUGUGUAUGAUUCAUGGCAACUCGUUCGCAUGAUGAAUUAAGGAGAUUUUGGUCCUUCCGGCAAAGUGGGCUCGGGUAAUCCUGGGAAUUUUGGGAGUUCAGGCAACUUGGGAAAUUCUGGCUUCGGGAAAGUUGGUAACUCUGGUUUCGGAAGUGAUGGCAAUUCAUGUUUUGGCAGUGUUGGAAGCUCGGGAUUGGGCAAUUUUGGGAUUUCGGGCUUCGGCAAUGUUGGUAAUUCAGGUUUUGGUAAUGAUGGAAGCUCGGGUUUUGGCAAUUGCGGAAGUUCAGCUUUUGCCAGUUUUGGUUGCGGUUGUUCAGGCUUUGGCAAUGUGGGAAUCUCGGGUUUUGGCAACUCAGGCUUAGGUAAUGUCGGUAAUUCAGGUUUUGGCAAUGUGGGAAUCUCGGGUUUUGGCAACUCGGGCUUUGGUAAUGUCGGUAAUUCAGGUUUUGGCUGUGUGGGAAUCUCGGGUUUUGGAAAAGUUGGAAGCUCGGGCUUGGGUACUUCGAGGAGGUGGCGCGACUCAGCUCGAUUUGUGUUGCCGGCUAUUGAAGACAAUGUGAUGAACAAGAGCAAGAAAAGUGAAGUGUUGGUUCUCAAAUUCAACAUUUAUACUCUAUUUGUAAAGACAAA